CUCAACCAUAUCCAGCAGCCAUGACCUUCAACGGCACUUGGAAAAUAGACCGAAGUGAAAAUUAUGAGAGAUUCAUGGAGCAAAUGGGUAUCAACAUGGUCAAGAGGAAGCUGGCCGCACACGAUAACCUCAAAAUCAAUCUUGAACAAACUGGAAACAAGUUUGUCGUGAAGGAGACCAGUGCAUUCCGGACACUGGAUAUAGAAUUUACUCUGGGAGUCACAUUUGAAUAUGCCCUUGCAGACGGGACAAUGCUAUCAGGUACAUGGACCAUGGAAAGUGACAUACUGAAAGGCACAUUUACCAGAAAGGACAAUGGAAAGGUGCUGAACACUACCCGAACCAUCGUUGGAGACGAACUUAUACAGAGCUACAGCUACGAUGGCGUGGAAGCCAAGAGAAUUUUCAAGAGGGUUUAGAGGAUACUGGUCAAACAACC